UGAGGGAAUAUCAAAAGUUUUAAAAUAAUGCCUGUGAAACACUGAAAGUCAAGUGGAAUAUUUAUAUGAUUGUCAAAUAUUUACUUUGAGUUUGAACCAACAAAACAGGGAAACUGGCAGAAAAUGUCACCUGGAAAAGUUCUGCAACCUGCAGUGAAAAUGAAGGUGGAUGAACUCUUUUUGUGCUGGUUGAGUCAGCCUGCAACUCAGUUGACACUAAAGGACUGCUUGAGAAGAAUCAAGAAUAAGGAGAAAACAGACUUUGGUAACACAGAUUCAGGAAACAGUAAAAAUGAGAGUUUCACCAGUAAAAAUUCCAAUUCCAAGCAGUGCAUAUUAGGAGAUACCAGAUUGCCUUUGAUGUCUUUCAGUCCUCCUCAGCUUUCUACUACUCUUCCAUUGGUGACUCCAGCUAGCUUAAGGAACACUUCUAAUUUUAGAGCAACACGUCGAUCCUCAGGGACCAAAGAAGUUCAAACAAAGAAGGAAGAAACUUUGCCACCAUCACAUAGUCAAAACAUUCCAGCUUUUUAUUUUCCUCGAGGAUGUCCUAAGGAAAAAGUGAAUAUAGAUGCUGUGAUUGCCAAAAUUGAGAAAACUUUUUCUGAAUUUCCAAAUGAGAGGGCAACGUUAGAAGACAUGGGUAAGGUUGCAAAGGCCUGUGAAUGCCCACUUUACUGGAAAGGUCCUUUGUUUUAUUGUGCUGGAGGUGAACGAACAGGAUAUGUGUCAGUUCAUAAAUUUGUUGCAAUGUGGCGGAAAGUACUUCAGACCUGCUAUGAUGAUGCUGCGAAGUUUGUUCACCUUCUGAUGAACCCUGGAUCUAACUACUUGGUGCAAGAAGACUUCAUUCCUUUUUUACAAGAUGUGGUGAAUAGUCAUCCAGGCCUUUCAUUUUUAAAAGAAGCAUCUGAAUUCCAUUCUCGGUAUAUUACAACAGUCAUACAGAGAAUAUUUUAUACAGUAAAUAGGUCCUGGUCUGGGAAAAUAACUUGUAAUGAGCUCAGGAAAAGCAACUUUUUGCAGAAUGUGGCAUUAUUGGAAGAGGAAGCUGAUAUUAACCAGCUGACAGAGUACUUCUCAUAUGAACAUUUUUAUGUUAUCUAUUGCAAAUUUUGGGAGCUGGAUACAGACCAUGACCUCUAUAUUGAUCGGAAGGAUUUGGCUCGACAUAAUGAUUAUGCAAUUUCAAAUAGGAUGAUAGAGCGCAUCUUCUCAGGAGCAGUAACAAGAGGUAGAAAAGCACAAAAAGAUGGGAAGAUUAGCUACGCUGAUUUUGUCUGGUUUUUGAUAUCUGAAGAGGAUAAGAAAACACCAACUAGCAUUGAAUACUGGUUCCGCUGCAUGGAUCUCGAUGGGGAUGGUGCUUUGUCUAUGUAUGAAUUGGAAUACUUUUAUGAAGAACAGUGCCAAAAAUUAGAUAACAUGGCCAUAGAACCUUUGCCAUUUGAAGAUUGUCUGUGCCAGAUGCUGGAUCUUGUAAAGCCACAACAUGAAGGAAAAAUUACUCUGCAUGAUUUAAAGCGAUGUAAGUUGACCAAUGUGUUCUUUGAUACCUUUUUCAACAUUGAAAAGUACCUUGACCAUGAACAGAAGGAUCAGUUUUCUAUGUUGCGGGAUGGUGAAGGUGAAAGUCAAGAGGUCUCUGACUGGGAGAAAUAUGCUGCUGAAGAGUUUGAUAUCUUGGUAGCAGAAGAGGCAGCAAGUGACCAGUGGAAUGACGGGUAUGAAGCAGAACUGAAUACUGUAGACCAUCAGAGGGACAGUGUUCUAAAGUAUCAAAUGGAGAAAAGACCAUUUUUUGAAAUGCCUUCCCAUCUGGCUGAUGUAGACUUGGAUGAAUGUGACUACGAUGAGGAUUUUGAGUAGAGGUUACUUAUGGUCAGCACUUGCAG